GGCCAGGUGGAACCAGGUGAGGAGAAUCCAGCCCCGUGAGAAGUCCCCUGGCAGGAAGAAGCCAUGGCACUGCUGUUGCACAAGGCUGUGUUUCCGCUGCUAGUCCAGCUGAUUGCCUCUGCCUCCUGCUACCAGUCCACCUCCAAGCCUGAGGUCAUCUCCCACCCACCCAGGCACCUCUUCAGGAUCAGAGAGCGGGGAGCCCAGAAACCAGUCCCAGGAAGACUUCUGACUUGGCAGGAGAAGGGGAAAGUUUACCCCUUUGCUGUGGGAGAGAGAGGAGCAUCAGGCCAGGAAAUCCAACGAGUCCGCAGGUCCUGGCUGGCAGACUACAUGGACGAUCUCUGGACCCAUAUCCGUGGGUCCUUCCCCCGGGCAGCUCUGUACAUCUUCCCCCUUGCCUUGGGGAUCAUGCUCCUUCUCUGUUGCAUCACGAGGUGUGACCGGUGGCCCCCACCAAAGUCCUGGCCAUCCUCUGAGAGAUUUAUGGGUUCUUUUGGACUGAAGAGACCAGAGGAACUUCCAGACGUACCUAUGUCCUCUCAGUCCAGCGAUGAGAUGCCAGUUGGGCCGAGGAGCACAUGGCUCCACUGA